GCGUGUUAUUAAGAUCUAACUAGCUGGAGAUAUCGGACGAAGUGGGGGUUGCAUUGACUACCUGUAGGUACCCCCUUUAUUUGACUGGCAUCACACAGUCCCUUCCCCUUAGUCCACACGGAAGCAUCGUCAUCCGGUAGGUUCAUCCAGUAGGCAUUAUUCCUUAUCGGCUUAUCGGGCUGUCAAAUUGGGUUCGACAUGGAUUCCUUGUUCCCCGAGGUUCCCUUUGCGGGAUGGUCGUCAUUUUCGCGCGCCCCGUUCAAAGCAUUGGAACUUGUCGAAAAAACAACCGACAUUCAAAUUAUCGACUUGUUUGAGGGAAUGAUCUCAGACAAGUCGCGACAACGGCCCCCGACACAGCGUCUAAUGAUGCCCUAUCCGUAGCAUUCGAUGAUCAGCUUUGCGAUAGCCUCUUCCUCGUUUCCGUCGCGCCUGUCAUGAUCGCUGAGUAUGGACAUUCCCAAGGCGAUCACCAAGUUUGAGAUGGAGAUGGAGGAAUCGCAGAACCAGCGCGACGUACGCGUCGAGCAGCUUUGGAGAAAAUUGGACUACCAAGGCAGAGGCGAACUGGAUUGGAAGGGGUUGCAAAAAGGCCUCAAGAGGAUCGAUCAUCCAAUGAAAAAUGCCGAUGACUUAUUGAAGAGUAUAAUAACGGUUGUGGAUUCGAACGGCGACGGCAAGAUUCAAUAUGAGGAAUUUCGAGUCUUUGUCGAGGCUGCUGAGCGUCAGCUCUACGUUCUUUUUAAAUCUAUCGAUCGAGAUCAGAAUGGGAAGAUUGAUAAGGAAGAGCUUCACCAUGCUGUGCAACGUGCUGGUCUUGCGGUCCCUCUACGCCGGUUAGAUGAAUUUUUCGAGAAUAUCGAUCAUAAUCGUGAUGGGUUCAUUACUUUUGAAGAAUGGCGAAAUUUUCUCCUUUUCAUGCCUAACACUGAUUCUACCACCACGCUGCGGGCAGUCUUCACCUUCUACACAGACAUCCUCACUCUCAAUUCCGAGGGUGACUCGGUAGUCAGCGAGGAAACUCUUCAUGGCUCAGGUACGAAUAUUCUUUCCACCCAUUUUGGUUCAAUCUUCAGAAUCGCCUGCCCACCGGACGAGGGGUAUAUUCCUCCAUUUUCGAAUUCGAACGAGGAGGAACCCGAACAAAGAACAACAGUGACGCAUAAUUCCCCGACAGCCAACGAUACGACCAACAUGACUAUGUCUGCAGCACAGCCAUAUGUUGACGAUACCUCCGAAACUACUACUUCUGCCGAUGAUCUCUUCGGCACCAAGCAGGAGAAGCUUCCCGCAGCAGAAGGCACUGAGAUUGAACCGGGAUUGAGUGAAAUAAGCAAAAGAUCUAUGCUGAUUAAAUACCUCCCCGAUCCAGGCUAUUUCAUUGCUGGUGCUGUGGCGGGAGGCAUUUCUCGUACUGCUACUGCUCCACUCGAUCGAUUGAAGGUUUACCUUCUCGUGAAAACAACAGUAGGCGCUAAUGCCGCCGUCGACGCCGCCAAGAAGGGCCAAGCCAUCCGUGCCUUGAAACAUGCCGGCGGGCCCUUAGUCACAGCUAUCACCGACAUAUACAAGGCUGGAGGUGUUCGUGGAUUCUUUGCUGGCAAUGGACUUAAUGUGGUUAAGAUCAUGCCAGAGACAGCAAUCAGGUUUGGAGCAUAUGAGGCUGCUAAGAAGACCCUUGCAAGCCUCGAAGGGCAUAAUGAUAUGCAUCAGAUCAAUCCGUAUUCUAAGUUCGUAGCAGGCGGUGUAGCAGGCAUGACUGCACAGUUUUGUGUUUAUCCCCUAGAUACCCUCAAGUUCCGCCUGCAGUCGGAAUACGUUUCUGGCGGCCCACGCGGCAAUGCCCUUCUCUUGCAAACUGCCCAGAAGAUGUGGGCAGAAGGCGGCGUCCGGGCUACCUACAGAGGUGUGACUAUGGGCCUUAUCGGCAUGUUUCCGUAUUCGGCCAUCGAUAUGGGCACAUUCGAGCUACUCAAGACGACCUACAUAUCAUACAAAGCCAAAGCUGAGGGUAUUCACGAGGAGGACGCUCGACCAAGCACGUUUGUGACAGGAAUCAUGGGAGCAACAUCAGGUGCCUUCGGCGCCACGGUAGUCUACCCUCUAAAUGUGCUCCGCACGAGGCUACAGACUCAGGGCACUACCAUGCAUCCAGCCCACUAUACCGGCAUAUGGGAUGUAGCGCAAAAGACGAUUCGGAACGAAGGAGUCAGGGGUCUGUACAAGGGCCUAAUGCCGAAUCUGCUCAAGGUCGCUCCUGCGCUUAGCAUUACGUGGAUGGUUUACGAAAAUACGAAGAGACUCCUUCACUUGAACUAGACUAUCCUUAGUCGAGAGUUUCUAUCAAAGCUAGAAUAGGAGUUUCCAACUAGGUGGGGGCAUAAUCUAUCACCGAAAGCCCACAAUAGGGCUAUACAACAAGAUGAUAAACAAGCCAUAAGAAACAUCAUGGUCACAUUUCAGACGACUCGAAGGUAUCAAGGUUGAGUUAGUCCCUCGAACCAAGCUCGAACGAGGAAAAUAUCAAGGUGCGGAGGCGGCCGACAAAAAAAAAGAAUGGGAGGGUUUUAGAUGGAUGGAUAGAUCUCGAAGAGGGCGGAGGGAGGGAGGCGAUAUAUCCAACUUGCAUUAGCAGGCGUUCAAUAAGAAAGGCGGGUAGGGUUGUUUCGGGGCGUAGGACGUCGUAUGCGUUGGAGAUCAAUCAAUCAACAGUUUCGGGGUAUUCUUGCCCCUAUGUGCCUGGGUAGAUAGCAAGCGAGCGAGCGAGCAAGCUUGCUUCGUCUUUCUGGUUGCAGACAGGUUAUGUGUAUGUUAGUUAAUCUACUGUAGCUAGGUCUUCCCGUAAUUUAAACCCGCGAGGAUACCAGUUUACUCUAG